AUGAUUUUCAGACUGAGCCUUUUCUUCAUCGCUGCGGCUGUUAUCCAAAGACCUGGGAUGAAUAUCACUGGAAGCGGGAUAGCCCAGCCGGGUAGCCAACACCCAGCCCUAUCUGUCGCAACAGCGAUUCCAACUCUGCCAGUCACAGGCCAACAAGCAUUACCCUUGCCGACUACCAUGGCGAAAGUGAUCAUCCCGAGCAUCAACAUGUUCAAGAUCUCAUCUCCGAGAAUUCAGGCAGCGAUGUGCACGCCACACAAAAUAUGUAUGGACUAUAUCAGCCCAUGUGGUCAGAGGUAUGGCGGCUGCUACGAUAGAAACUACUGCGACGGAAACACCUCACCAUACCCAAUCCCAACAUGUAUGCCAACCUGA